AUGAAGACUAUUGCGUUCCUCAGCCUCGCAGCCGCCCUCUUCCCCAGUAUCGCCGCGAAGGGCUACGUUUCUAGCAUCACUAUCGACGGCACGGAGUACAAGGGGCCGAGCGUCGGUGACGAUUCGGGUGAGUUUCCUCCUGAUCACCGUUACCCAAUUUCGCUAUCGCUGUCUACCAACUUCGUCAACCUCAUCCUCCUCGCUCACCGCGAUUCUCCUCCCCAUACUCACCUCCCCUUAGACGCCAAAUCCGCCAUCCGCAGCGUCAGCAGCGCCGACGCCAUCAAGGGCGCCUCCAACCCCGACACCGCUUGCGGCCCUGGGUCCAAGCCCGCUUCCGAGUACGCCAGCGCGAAGCCGGGCAGCACGGUCGAGGUGCAGUGGGUCGGCAGCGAUGGCGGCGCGUGGGAGGAUAAGACUGGUCCGCUCAUCUCCUACAUCGCCCUUUGUCCCAACCUGGAGUGCCGCAAGCUCAAGGCUACGGACGCCAAGUGGGCGAAGAUCGACGAGAUCAGCAUUCGGGAUGACAAGACCUGGGCGCAGGAGGAUCUAGCCGCCGGCAAGCCCGCCUCCCUCGUCCUCCCCGAAGGCCUCGCCGCAGGCGCCUACCUCCUCCGUCACGAGGUCAUCGCCCUCGGGAACGCCUCUACCGAGGGUGGCGCCGACUUCUACGCCUCUUGCUCGCAGAUCAAGGUCGAGCACGGCGGCAGCGACGUCCCGGCCGAUUCUGAUCUCGUCAGCUUCCCCGGCGCGUACAGCGAUACCGACAAGGGGAUCCUGCUCAACGCCUCCUCCCUCGGCCCCAACGAAUACCCCUACCCCGGGCCGCCCAUCGCCGCCAUAGCCAAGGGCUCCGCAGACUCGGGACCGAGCUCCAUGGCGAUCCCCCCCGCGUCGACCGCGCCCGCCAAGCGCGACGACCUCCCCGCGUCCUCCUCCUACGGGCACUGGCACGCCUCGCCCACGAAGCGCGCCACCGACCCGCAGUGCUCGACGCUCACGUGCGACGACCCGCACCACCCGCCCGCGAAGCGCGAGGACGAUCCCGCCGCCGCCGCCAGGCGUCUGCACGACGUCGCCCGGAAGCUCGUUCCCGCGGAUCCCUCGCAGUGCACGCAAUACCCCUGCUCGACCGUCACCGUCGUACCUGGCAAGCGCAGGCUUCCUCCCGGUCAACACGGGUUCUGA